GGCUGCAUUGUAUUUGUAUCAGCAAUUGUAGUUUUAGCCUUGGUUCAGCUGAUGAUUGAGCCAGGGCAGGCAAUCAAGUGCCCAGAAGUGGAUGGAUAUUUGACCGGGUGCCUUCCCUAUCUUAGUGCAGGUGGCGAGCUUUCACCAGAGCCAGCAUGUUGCAGUGGUGUCAAAAGCUUGAUAGCGGCUGUGAAAACGCCGGCGGACAAAAGGGACGCAUGUAAUUGCGUUCAAGAAGCCGCAAAUCACUUCCCCAGUCUCAAGGAUGAUGCUGCCCAAGCCCUUCCUAGAAAAUGUGGUGUUACUCCUCGAUAUCCCUAUCUCCAAAAGUGUCAAUUGCGACAACUUAAGUUAAGAUCACUGAAGGAGUCCACAUUGAGCAAGAAUAAAAAGAGGGAGAGUUUGUGGAAUGGGACAUCUGGUUCCAAUUCUCUCUUCUUCUUUUUUUUGGGUCAAAACAUCUGGUUCCAAUUCUCGCGGCAACAUAUAAUAGUACAAUAA